ACAGUAGUUGUCUUCCGAGAGCCGUGCUAAGUGGACGACACAUGACUUGUGCAAACACUUUCCGUGGAAGUGACACUCGUGGUGGAGGGUCCACGCAGCGUGUUUACUAGGGCGGUACUACAGCACUAUUACUACUACCAUAGUCGUCUGGCAGGUUUGAACAGGUCACCGCCGCGCGUGGACCACGCCCUCCACGUGACGCCGCCGCGGCCGCACAGGUGUUGGCAGUGACGAGGAUGAACAUGAGUCCCGACGUCCGCGCGCCGCUCGGACUUUUGUUGUUGAUUAUCCUCGACACAGCAGAAUGCCUGCAGUUGACGGCCCAGCCCAACAAAGACUCAACAGUGACGGUGUCAACUAACCUGCCCUUGGAUGAGUGUGCCGUUUGUAUUAUCAGCGGGGUCAACGACACGCAAUUGUCCUGCCAUUCAACCCUUGCGCUGGUGCCUGAGAAGGAGGUCAAGCUGCUCUUCAACUGUUCCCAACCUGUAGAACAGGCGUACACAGUUACUGUCACUCAGAUCAUAGCAUGCACAGAGGACACCUGCAGCCCCUCAACAGUAGAAACUCAACCAUUACUCCUCAGUGAGUUUACCAGAACCUUCAUCUGGCAGAUUCAGGCGCCUGCAAAGAUAGUUGUGGGUCUUGAUAUUCUCGGAAAAGGACUGCGGGAGACAUCAAAACCAUGCGAUAAUGGAUAUCAGUAUUCAGUGGACACGCCUGGAACCAAUGGCAAGGCAGACACUUACUACUGCACAGAUGGUUCUGUGACCCAUUGGGACCUGUUGAGUGAAGCUGUUGUGUCUCUGCAAGUUCAACCAAAGACACAGGUGGAAUCUGUUUUGUUCCAGGCCUCUGCUGAAAAGCUAAAGGGUCGAACAGUGGUGGUAACCAUUGAUUCCAGCACCACUCUGGUGAUCAGCAGGUUCUCGCAAGAACCAGAAUGUGAGCUAUGCUACGGUGUUGACGCGGCUCGCACCUGCAGCCAGUCGGGAAAAACCUUGACCAACGUUCAGAGUCUCUCGCUGGAGUUUAGUUGCCUCAAACCUCAAGAGUCCUACAGUGUGGAGGUGAAGAAGACAAUCGAGUGUACGAAGAAUUCUUGCACACCUGCUGCGGGAGAACUUGAUCCCAGUCUCAUGAAGGAUUUCAAAAGAACCCUCAAAUGGGACAUUAACGUCCCAGAGAGAACUGUCUUAACCUUGGAACCCUCUAGCGGCGGCCUGAAGCAGUUGUCAGCGCAAGAUAAAUGUCAAGAUGGACCCCAGUAUUCUGUGAGCACAACAAGAAGUGAUGGCCAGCUCAAGGCCAACAGCUACUGCAGUGGUGGACCGUUGUCCCGUCUGGAUCUUCUUGGAUUGACGACCGUGACUGUGGAGGUGCCCCAAGGACAAGAAUUGGACAGGACUUUAUUUACAGCCAAAGCAGCGCCCAGAGUUGGCAAACUGCUGUCCGUGUUUCCUGACCCAGAAACCAACAUUAUUAUCAGUAGAGACACAGUCGAAUAUGACUGCAGUGUGUGUGUGGACAAACCCCCGUCGCAGAAAUGCGAUCCAAAAAAAAUAACCCUGAGCGAACACCGAAAUACCUCAGUCGAGUUCACUUGUCCGAGCCCUGAAGAUGUCUUCACUGUGGAGAUUAACAGAGAAAUUGACUGCACAACUACUUCCUGCUCUGAGAAUAGUGUCCAGGCUGAGUCCACCCUCUUCCCAGACUUCAACCGAACCUUCACUUGGGAUCUGAAAGUCGACUCCACUCGGACCUUUCAGCUGGACUUCCCUGAGCAGGGAAUGCAGCAGAUUGCCAAUGAAGACACCUGUCCAGAUGAGCACACAUACACACUUGUUAGCUACCUACGCACUGGGCCUGCCAAGAUUGGAACCUUCUGCAAGGGGGGUGCUGUGACUAGCAUCGGAGUGCUCUACAAGGGCCGCGUGCUUCUCCGGGUACCAGGGGACAGGAAGAUAGACCCUCUUGACUUCAAACUCAGCAUUGGGCCCGAGACCAGCAUGAUAGCCACAGUGAAAGUCAACCUUCCGCGGGGUGUCUCUGAUACGGCCUUCAUAUCUGCCAACUACCCCAAUGAUUUCCCUGACAAGCAACAGAUGCAGUGGGACUUUAACGUGCCGGAGAUGCACAACUACACAGUUAAUUUUCACCAGCCCACGGCCCCAGAGUGCCUCAGCAAGGACGUUGAAGUGGAAUACAGAAAAGACAAAAACAAAGUGACCAAAGUGGGUUUGACUGAUAAGCAGCCGAAACACAAGCAAGGCAACUUCAACAUGGUGCUGAAGAACUGUGAAACCAACACCACACUGCAGGGGCUCUCGUUGAAAUACAGCGUGUCUGUCAUGAGAAGUGGUCAUCCAGUUUUCUGCACGGUGGACCUGAGCAAACAACCGGAAGUGGCCUUGCAGAUCGAGAAGGUGGGUUCCGAUCCUUUUUGCGAGAUGAGCGUGAACACUGAGGUUGUAAAGAAGAUAAACGUGGCUGCAGGCGCUCAGGCCGAACUCUCCUUUCUUGACUGUCCCAAUGAAGACGUGCAAUUGACAGCAAGUCAAUUUAUUGGUUGUCAAAAUGUGGCUUCCUGUUCUGAGACACUCCUCACCGUACCCACAUUGGAUUCCUGUCUUCGGAUGCCCCUCCACAGCUUCACCUGGCACUUAAACAUCCCUCAGGACAGCACCAUUGAUCUGGUGUCACCAUCAGGGGGUCUUCAACAAUCUCUGCCUGGCCAGGAGUGUAACAGCCCUGUCUCGCUGCAUGUGGAAGAGAGCCAGGGUUUCUCUGUGGGAGAUUUCUGCUCCAAUGGGAUCAUCCAGAAAGUUCAAGUCCACGCCAACAUCUCCGUCACGGCAACGACCCGAGACUUCAGCAAGACGACAGGGCCUUUUCUCAAUGUCACUUUCACUGAAGAGAUCGCAGAGACCAUCAUUUAUCAGGUCAGCCCGCAGAUGUCGUCUCCCACCCUGCUGGCCACCCCCAAUUGGCCCAACGGCAUGAGGCCUGCGUCCACGGUGUCCUGGAUCGUCGCUUUGCCGAGCGGCUACCAGGCGCACGCCCAGUUCGUCAACGUCAGCCAGCCCAAAUGCGCCGACAGACACACCUGCAUCAAGGUGAAGAUGCUGGACUCCGAGGAAGAGAUACUGAGCCGCAGGGAGGAUGAGAAGACGGACGACAAGCUGGUGGUGCCACGCAGCUUCUAUGUCAACAUGUCCAACUGUAUACCAGAAAAUGGGAACUUUGGUGCUGUCACCCAAAUUGUUCUAGAGAGAAAGACCAAUAUUUUGGGCAUCCUUCUAGGAAUAGCAGGAGCUCUUCUUCUUAUGCUCAUCGUGUUGGCUGUUAUCUGCUUCUUUGUAAGGAAAAAGAAAAAAGAGCGCAUGAUGAAGGAGUCGUCCAUCUACUUGGGCGGAGGGAACAUCUUUAAAGCACGUGAAAGGCAGUUCAGCAAGGCCCGGUCCGACAACGACUCCCACGUGUACGCCUCCAUUGACGAGACCAUGACAUACGGUCACCUCCUGGGCGACACCAGCUACGCAGACCGCAUGGAGGACCACUUCAAGGGAAUGCAGGUGGACUCCUACCACACCUUCACGGGCCCCUCCGAGCUGCCCGUCAUCAAAGAACCCGAGCAGGAGCCCGAGAUGGACCAGUUCAACACGUUCCUGGACCCCGCCGAGACCUUCAUCCCGUCUCGUCCACGCACUCCCAUCGACCGCCAGGACAGCCUGGGCUUCCACGACCGCCGUAUGGUGGACAACGAACUGCAUACGUUCAGAAACACGGGGGACUUAAACGUCAUUCGGCUCUCUGGUGCUGACAUGGAACCAGAACUAGAAGAAGAGUUCUUGUAGAUGAUUCCCGUCACUCUCAUGGGAACUUCUGUGCUUCGGCCUCACUCAGGGGAAUCUGAGUAGAAACGUUUUUCCUAACUUGACUCCUCCGUUUUGAGAGAACUUUGAAAAGCUUCCUGAAGAGAAGCUAUAAAGUUAUUUUUUUAGGGUUCACUUUAUUAUUUUUUUAAUCUGUUAUGUAAUCCCUGCCGAUGUGGUUUGGAUUUGGAGGGGGGACUGGAACAAUUGUGCAGUGUUUUUAUGUUGUGAGUCUGUGAUGACAUUUUUUAAAUGCAAUAAAUGUUGGGAAAAAAGCUGCACGCCUCAUUGG